AUGGGAAAGAUUAUAUUCUACGAGGACAAGAACUACCAAGGACGUUCCUAUGAGUGCAGGUCUGACUGUUCUGACCUGCACUCCUACUUUAACCGUUGCAACUCCAUCCGUGUGGAAAAUGGAAACUGGAUGCUCUAUGAGAAUUCUAAUUACAGAGGACGUCAAUACUUUUUGAGAAGAGGAGAGUAUCCUGACUUUCAGCAUUGGUUGGGUUUCAAUGAUUCAAUUCGUUCUUGUCGACUGAUCCCUCAGGAAAGAGGCUCCUUCAGGAUCAGAGUCUAUGAGAAGGAAGACUUUCGAGGUCAAAUGAUGGAGUUUACUGAAGACUGUCCAAAUGUCUUUACAGAAUUUAACUUCCGUGAUAUCUACUCUUGCAAUGUACUUGAAGGACACUGGGUCUUCUAUGAUCAGCAAAAUUUCAGAGGACGUCAAUAUUAUUUAAGACCUGCUGAAUAUAGAAGAUACACUGACUGGGGAGCUCUUACUCCAAGAGUCAGCUCAUUCAGGAGAGUGCAAGAUUUUUAUCAAAAUGUUUAA